CGCAAGAGUCAUGAUGAGAUUUCAAAUUGACAUAUUCGGCUUGGCUCGGCUCGGCUCGUCGCUUGUCCGCGGGUCUUGUCUCGUUCUUCCUGAGCUGGCAGUGGCUGGAUGUGUGUGUGUGUAUGUGUGUGCAUGCAUGGCAUGAGGGAGUGACUCGAGCUCGACCCUGCAGAUCUGCAGAUCUGGGGAUUUCGUGAAAUCAUGGAUGCAUUCCGUUCCAUUGCAGCAUUGCAUACAUUCCAUACAAAGACCCAAAAUCCAAUCGCCCGGCUGUGCACUUGAAGGCAAGCACACAAGAAAGCCCAUGACCAUGCCCAACCCGAAAAACCCCUCCUCACCCCCCCGAAGAACUGCCAUUGCAAAUCACUUCGAUCCUACAGCCCUACAGAUCCUACAGAUCCUACGCGGAACCCGGCGCUCUGCGAAGAAAAAUACCGCACACGUAGGUAUUCGAACGAACAUGGACGGUAUGCCUGUCAGUUUGGCUGCUGCACUCCGCACUGCACUCCGCAUUCCGUCGCGUCCAACCAUGUUUUUUCUUUACGUGUGGGCUUCGCGUGCGUUGCACGUGUUUGUGCUAUGUUUAACGAUUUUCUACACGGUAGCUCGACGUAGAUGGAUAGUCGCGCUGAAUAACGUCCGUCUAUUACUACUUUCGGGCGUGACUAAAUCUUAUUCAGUGUGUACGAACUAUGCUAUGCUGGAAUUGGGUAGCGAUGGGGUACGUUACAUAUUAGGGGAACGGGACGGGACCGGGAAAAGGAAGUGAUGUUGCGAUUUGCUGGGUAUUUGUUGCGAGUGUUGUUCGUAUUGAUUUAGUAGAGUGAUGUCUGACACUGAGGCGCGGGAACCGUCUUACGCGCUACAUGACUGUGUACACUAUUGAUGGUC